UAUCCCUGAUUCACGGACCUUUUUAUGCUCCUUGGUAACCUUCUGAGAAGCUUCUCAACCCUUGAACCUGUCUUGAAUAAAUGUGAGUCUCGGAUUCGGGCACACCAUGUUUUCACCUACGCUGAUGGAUGAAGUAAUGGCUCACUCUAUCUACGUUCCGGACGACGACGUGGGCUUCGACUCACAAUCCAAGCGAGAUGUAUUAUCGAUAUCUACGCACGCCGGGCGAGGCGAUAGCUACCAGGACAUGGUUGAUAGAGCUGGAUGCCAGAGCCCUAGUCCCGAGGUAGACAGCAAAAGCCGAAACUCAACACGCCGACGCAUUCAAGUAGCAUGUAACCGUUGUCGAAAAAGGAAAAUCAAAUGUAGUGGCGAUAACGGCGAUGGGCAAGGCUGUACAAAUUGCCGCAACUCUGGAAACGCCAAUUGUCAAUUCUUAAGAGUCAAUUCUUCGAUGAUGCAGCCGAGAGGUACUUGGCCAUACCCUUCGGCGAAUGCUACAAUAUCACCAUCUCACAGACACGGACAUUAUGCACAGUCAAACGCAUUGAAGACGGUGGCUUCUACGCCACCGAAUGCUUCUAAUAUGCGUGUAUCUCCUUUCCCUCGGGGAUCUGGCUAUGGUUCUGGGCCAAAUGAGUCUACACUGCCUUUCAGUCGACAAUUGUGUGGUAUUGAUCAUGCUGUCCACUACGAGGAGGAUUCCGAUAUGUACAGCCCUCAGUCUUCCGGAUACAUGGACUCUGGGGCACCGCAAGCUGUGAUUGCAGAUUAUUGUGGUCUCACAUGGAGUCCCAAGCCUUGGAGCUCUAAUGUGUACCUUGGCCGAAGCCCUAGCCCAACAAUGUUCGCAGAAAAGGAAGGCAGCAGUUCCUUUCCUCAACCCCCAUUUUCAUACAUAUUCUCAGGACCUCCGAAUCAGAUAACUGAUGGCCCACCGAUCGUACCAACAAUGAGCACUGCUUCCGUCGAGGGACAAGGCGUCGAUCGGACGCUUCCCAACCCUACGAGUCGGACUCAAGGUUCACAAUGUCCUGCUGAUUUUUCUUUCACGCCAGAAGCUCUUACAUUCUCCGACACCCUCGAACACAGGACAGGAGCUGGUUGGAAUUACAAAUACAUCGGCCCCAGCGAUAUCCUUUCCUCGGUCCAACGUUUAUCGAACGAAGUUUUAAGCGGCAGUUCCAUUGAACGAGCAAGGACGAGUGUGCAAGACAUGGCCUUUGGGACACCUUUGCUCACUACCAUUGGUGCUCAUUCUGCUUUGGCCUCGUCCGCUGUACUGCCGGCUGGAUUGGAGACGGCUACCUCGAGCGACGAAUUUUGUGCCAGUAGCACCGGUCGGACCACACGACCCUUGUCGCAAGAUGAUCUUGCCGUGGCCGGCUCUGACGUCUACGUAUACAGUAGCAGUGAAAGAAGGGAUAAACACUCAUACAAGACGGAUGAACCGGCAUCAGUACUCAUGAGUGGGUUGCCUUACACACGCCCGGGGCCGGGGCUCUAUGGGCCACCGAUAACCACCUCGCCAGUCUGUCACCCUGAUACAGUAAUUUACCCGGCCCCGGUUCCACCGCUACAUCACCCCAGCGAUUUUUAGAGAUCUAUUUUCGGAGAAGGGCGGUUCAUAUAAGUGCGUUAUCAGAAAUGAACAGGCGGUAGCCGUCAGCGAGAACAUUGAUACGUGACACAACAACCUGAGAACUGAAACAAAGGGCGUCGGGCUCGGCUCAACGGUUCUUGGCAUU